UAUAUUAAGUAUAUAUGUGAUUAUCAUCUUCGGUGCUUGACUUGAGUAAUGCAUCUGACGAAUUAUCACUACGCAAACUCUCUCGCUUUCACAUCACUCUACGAUCGUUUACCUCUUAACUUUGUGUUCAAAACACCUUCAACACACCGACUAGUCAUGGCGUACCCUGAGAAUGUUGGCAUCAAGGCCAUGGAGAUCUACAUCCCUGGACAGGUUCGCAUCUCUUUGACUUCAAUCCUUCUACCUGCCGAUACUGAUGCAAACCCGUUCAGUGCUUGGACCAGUCUCUUUUCGAACAGCACCAAGGCGUUUCGGCAGGAAAAUAUACCGUUGGCUUGGGUCUCAAGUACAUGAACUUCUGCAACGACCGUGAGGAUGCGUCUUCCAUGGCCCUCACAGCUGUGUCGUCACUCUUACGAAAGUAUAACAUCGACCCCAACUCAAUCGGCCGCCUCGAAGUCGGUACCGAGUCGUUGGUCGACAAAGCCAAGUCUGUCAAGACCGUGCUGACCCAGCUCUUCGAGCCUGCCGGGAACACCAGCCUAGAAGGCAUCGAUACUGUCAACGCAUGCUACGGCGGCACAAGCGCCUUGUUUAACGCUAUCAACUGGGUUGAAUCCCGCUCUUGGGACGGCCGAAACGCCAUCGUGGUGGCAUCGGAUAUUGCCCUAUACAAGGAAGCCGCGUCUCGGCCUACGGGCGGCGCCGGCUGUGUCGCCAUGCUCGUGGGCCCCAACGCUCUGCUUGCAAUGGAACCGGCGCUCAAGGGGACUUUCAUGACACAUGCUUAUGACUUCUACAAGCCGGAUCUCAAGGCUGAAUUCCCUUUGGUAAAUGGACAUGAAUCGCUUCGCUGUUACAUGUCGGCGUUGGACGCUUGCUAUCAACGCCUUCGUGAGAAGUUGGAAGCGGCUGAUCAACGGGGUAUCAAGGGCCAGGGUUUCAACAACCUUCUGGAGACGUUCGAUUACAUGGCAUUCCACACUCCUAACUGCAAGAUUGUGAGCAAGUCGUAUGGGCGACUUCUGUACAACGACUACCGACUGUCUGGCGACAAGAGUCGGUGGGAGACCUUGCCGGAAGAGCUCCGCGGGCUCAACCAUGAGGAUUCUCUGAAGAGCAAGGAGCUUGAAAAAUUCUUUGUCAAUCUUUCCAAGGAGUUAUUCAAAGCGAGGGUCGAGCCAUGUAUUGCCGCCCCUACCUUGUGUGGCAACAUGUACACAGCUAGUCUAUACUGCUCCCUCAUCAGCCUGAUUAGCAACAUCGACCUCAGAGACAGCGUUGGGAAGACUAUCGGCAUGUUCAGUUAUGGCAGCGGUAUUGCCAGCACUCUGUUUGCGCUCAAGAUCACCGGAGAUCUUAGCGAGAUGGUCCAAAAGAUUGACCUCAUGAAGCGUCUCGAGAAACGUGAGAUUUGCACGACUGGGCAGUAUGAAGAGGCUUGCUCGCUCAGAUUGAAAGCAUAUGGUGCCAGGGGGUAUGAGCCUGCUGGAAGCAUCGAAACCAUGGCUCCCGGGACGUACUACUUGCAGAAUAUCGAUGAUGUAUACCGCCGGUCUUACGCUGUGAAGUCAUAAAGUCCCAUAGACGAGAUCUUCGGCAUCUAGGAGCGUUCUAGACAUGACCAGACAGUACUUCGACGUGGAAGGAUUCAGCACAGAAUAUCGGUCAUCGAUGCAGGUAGAUAGCACAGACUUCUAACC